AUGGGCCAUACCGGCGAAGGCUUGUUGUCCGCUGCAGAUGAACGCUAUCACGACCCAACUGCUCCAGGCUACUUGGUAGAAGUUGAUACAAUUCGGGAUAAGUGCUUCAAGUUGUGCAAGCACUGGGAUGUGCUCGAAAAGGUCAUCGGCGAUAGAGCAUCGGCCCGGCCUCUCCUCCGUUCAAGUAACGAAGACGAUGACGACUAUUCAGUCGACAUGCUCAACACAUCAACAUUAUCUGAAAAGGGUGAUGAAAAUAUCGUAACUGCAAACGAAACGGCGGAAUACGUUCCAGGCUCACCCCCCAAAGCCACCGGAAAAAGAAAGAGCGAACCGGACAAGUUUGGAUUUGGCUCGGGGAAGAAGAAGCUGAAGACCGAAUCCGGUGGCAAGAGAAGUUUUGGCGUCGGCGAGAGCCUAAUGCAGGGGCUUAAGGCCCAGGCUCAAGUUCAGGCAGAUUUGUCCCGGGAGGUGCUGGCGAGCCGCGCGGCGGAGUUGCAGCUCCGAAAUGAAAAUGAAGAUCGACAUUUUAUGCUGCGCAUGCGUGAAAUUGACCUCAAGGCCAAAGAGCUCAGGCACAAGCAAAUUAUUGAAGAGGCACGUCUCAUGUCGUCCAUGUCGUUUGAUAAAGCGGAUGUGAUGGAGUAUAUUCGUGAUGAAUUGUCCAAAAUUCAAUAA